UGCUCGGUGUGCAGUUGAGCUUCGGGGGCUGAGUUUCGAUGGAGGACCACAUGACGGGGCACAACAAGAAGAAGCGUUAUGAGUGCGACGUGUGUGGCAAGGCCUGGCAGCAUCUGAGCCAGCUGGAGACGCACCAACGGGUGCACACGGGAGAACGCCCCUACGACUGUUUGGAAUGCGGCAAGAGCUUCACCCGCUACGGAAACCUGCAGCGGCACAACCACGUGCACUCCGGCGAGAGGCCCUUCACCUGCUCCGACUGCGGCAAGAGUUUCAAGAUGGCGAAUAAACUGAAGGUGCACCGGCGGGUGUACACGGGCGAGAAGCCCUAUGGCUGCUCCACCUGCGGCAAGAGCUUUACCCGGUUGUAUGGGCUGCGGGUGCACCGGCGGGUGCACAGCGGUGAGCGGCCCUUUCGUCGCCGGACAUGA